GGCGUUAUCUUUGAAUGCGUUGUUUUGUGUUUUCCUCUGUGCAGUGAUAGUAGGCGCGGAGAUGUGUGUAAUGAAAUCGAUUGCAUGUCAGAUUACCCAAACCAUGGCGUGAAAGGUGGAAACAGUGAGAGAAGUGCUGGGAUGGUGGGGGACUAACAGGACAUGAUGUCCAGGCGGUGUAAGCGUGUAUAUUUAUCACUCAUGUAAAAGUUUUGAUAGGGUUCCGCAACAUUUAACAACAGUAUUUGCAGCAUUGAACUUUCCAUCUACAAAAUUGGCAAUGAAAGCCACGCAAUUUAAACAUUGUGUUAUACGGAAUCGAAAAUCAGAUCUAUCUAUGUUCGUAGGUAAUGCAGCUGUGGCAGAAAGACUGAUAGAUGUGGAGAUUUUUUCGUCAGCACCGACGUUUGUUGUGUACCUGAUAACCAGGUGACCAGAGGUUGAAAAUAUAUUUGCAUAAAUUUGGUACUGAUUUAUGGAAAAGACAUCAAGAUCUAAACCUCGGCAGGAGUCCUUGUGCCUGGAUGAAGGUGGUGAUGGAGCAGCUGAAGCAGCCUCAGGUCCUCAGUGGUUACGACCGGUGUCAGCCAGUGCAACGUUGUGCUUUAGUCAGGACUCCGAUGACUCAUCAGGGCCAGCAUCGCCCCUACCGUGUAGGCACCGUGCUUAUCAGAUGGUGCCACUGCACGCUAUCCCUCGCUUUCUGCCACCUGUUGGGGUCUUUUGGGACAUUGAAAAUUGUCAGGUCCCAAAAGGCCGUUCAGCAGUGGCAGUGGUGCAGGUCAUUAGAGACCGGUUCUUCAAAGGUUACAGAGAGGCGGAGUUCCUAGUAGUUUGUGAUGUCAAGAAAGAAAAUAAUCAAAUUGUUAAAGAGCUUAAUGAUGCCCAGGUGAACCUGAUCCAUGUUGCAUCUACAUGUAAAAAUGCAGCAGAUGAGAAACUUCGGCAGUCUAUUCGGCGCUUUGCUGACUUACAUGGCAGUCCUGCAUGUAUCAUUCUAAUAUCAGGGGAUAUAAAUUUCGCACCAGACAUAACUGAUUUAAGACACAGGAAAAAAAUCCAUGUAAUCCUACUACACAGAAGGAACACAUCAGAAGCUUUGAUCCUGUCUGCUAAUGAAAAUUACAGCUUUUCUGCACUUGCUGAAGAAUUGCCACUGCGGGCAAUAAAGCCUCCAAGCAAACCUGUGCAAGUUGUUGUUAACAAUCUCCCUGAAGGCUGUGAACAGAAUCUUAUACGAAAUCGCCUGAGGCGACUCUCUGAUAACUGCGGUGGAAAAAUUGCUGCUAUCAACAAGACAACAGCCACAAUUCGCUUUCCUAAUGCUGACACUGCUAACAGGGCCCAGAAACGGAUGGAUGGAGAAGAUGUGUAUGGAAAUAAGAUACAGGUGACUUGUUCAGAUAUAGGAGAAGCAAGAGAUUCUUCACCAAUCAAAACUCAGACAGCUCGAAACACAAGACAAGUGGCAAGUAAAGAAUCUGGAAUACAAGGUACCAUGUCAUCACUUUACUAUAAGCAAGGGCCAAGGCAGCCAUCUGUGGUGUAUAACUCUGUACCUACAAGUCUUAACUUGAUGGGAGGAAGUACCUUAUUUAAUCGCGCAUCUGUGCUGCAGCAAAAUGGAAACCACCAGUUGCCAGUUCACACUACAGGUGGCUCUGUUUGGCCAAAGUAUGUAAUGAAUGUUAAUACAGCCCACAAAUCAGUCUCAUACAGCAGUGGAAAUCUUAAAACACCCGAAGGUUAUCGUCGAAUCAGAGGAACACACAAAGUGAGUGAGAGUGGUAAGGCAGAACAAAAUGACCAAAAUAUUACAGCGUCUGCUCUUCAAUCAGUUGGUUUCCAAAAGCGCUGCCGCACAUCUUCUCCAGUGAAUAAUAUAGCAUCUUGUAUGAUGUCUUUACCAGACCCGGUAGCGGCAGUCAGACAUAACAUCCAGAAUUCGUCAGUUCGCAAGGGACCAUCUCCAUCCAGACAAAGCCAAACCAGAAGCAUAACACCACAUCAAAUAAAAACCUUGGAUGAGCGCUCACAUAGUAAUCCAGAGUGUUUCUUCCAUCCAAUACAAAUGCCAGGGAAAACUCAGUUCAGUGGUUCAUCAGCUGAUCUCCCUGUUGAACUGCAUGUAACUAAUUUGGAUCAGAAUCUAAGCAUUUCGGAGAUAAAAAGUAUUUUGACUUCUUUAUUCAAAGAACGUGUACCGGUAUGCAGUGUAUCAGUGAUAGCACAGACAGAUGGGAAUAUCAUGGCCUUUGUGAAAGUGCCAACUCUUUCUGAUGCUCAACUUGCGAUCUCUCUGUUCCACCGUUACAAAAUUGGAUACAGGCGCAUACUAAUAUCGUAUGGUAAUACGAGUGGUCCUAGCCCACAGAUAAUUAGGUCUCAGGUCAUUACCCUUCUUCUAGAAGUGCCAGACCACCGAUUGCCUCUUUUCAAGUUCAGAGAGAUGUUCGAGAAACGAUAUUUGGCAUCAAUCAGUGUCUCGGAUAUCUACAAACUUCGUGAUGUCUGUGUAGUCUCAGAUGGACCAAAUGGAAGGAUGGUGACACUUAAUCCAGACCACCGACAUACGCCAUCUCCGUGCCUGGUAUCAGGACAGGAAAAUCAGCCAUACUGUGUUCUGCAUGCAAUGAAACCACAGCCAGACAGAGGGUGGGCAGAGCAGGAGCUUUCUGCACUACCUUCUGUAAAUAUUGGACUGAAACUUCUGAGUAAUCGUAUUAAGGCCUUGCUGCUGUCGCAUGGAGGCAGCCUUCCAUUACCAAGCUUGCCAUACUGCUAUUUAGCAGUGUUCGAUAAAUUGGACGUGUCAGAUACUGGAGUACCUUUGGAGCAUCUCGUUAGUUGUCUGCACGAUGUGAAGAUUAUUCCUGGUCCACCAGGAUGUGUCAAAAAAUUGGUUUGGUCUCCAGAUUUGCAGCCAGAUUCUUCUUUUUCUCAAGAAGCACCAGAGAAAAGUGUGAGCCCACCACUUGCCAACCACUUGGCACUACUGAGCAGAGAGUUGGUAGAUUUACUGAAGAUACAACCUGGCUGUCAGUUACCCUUCGGACGUUUUGUACCGGCAUACCAUCAUCAUUUUGGUCGGCAGAUAAGAGUUGCAGAUUAUGGUUUCACAAAACUAGUGGAACUUCUUGAUGCCAUGCCCUCCAUUGUACAGGUAAUGGGAGAAGGCUCUCGCCGCAUAGUUACAUUGGCACACAGAGCUCAAAUAAGACGAUUUACUUCAGAUCUUCUACGUGUCCUUAAGUCGCAAGCGAGCAAGCAAGCUUUGGUGUCAGAGUUACCAGCACAUUUUUCACGUACCUUGGGACGACCAUUUGCUGUGCAAGAUUAUGGUGUAUGUGAGCUCGAAGAUCUACUCAGUGAAGUUGCAGAAAAUGUCAUUGUUAUGCAGCAGUCAGCAGAUGGAGAGGCAACAGUUGCACUUCCUAGAAGAGAUCAGACACCUGAAGAAAUUAAAAGAACUAAACAAUUUGCUGCAGAGGUUGUGGAACUCUUGAGCCAUGCACCACAAUGUCAGCUGAUGUUCAACAAGUUGAUUCCUGCCUACCACCACCAUUUUGGACGACAGUGCCGUGUAGCUGACUUCGGUUUUACAAAGCUUAUAGAGCUAUUGGAAGCAAUUCCGGAAGUUAUCAAGGUGGAGGAUGCUGGGGAUGGUGAACGACGUGUGAUGUUAACACAACCUGUAGCGGUCCGUGUGCUGACAAACCAAGUGGCAGAACUCCUGCGCAGUAGUGGCUCUGCUGUUUUACCACUGAAAGAAUUGCCAUCAGCAUAUCUCCAACACUUUGGCCAUACACUGCGACCAGAAGAUUUCAACUGCAGUAGUAUUGAGCAGCUGGUUUCGUUGCUCACACCCACAAUUAAGGUUCUUCCUGGAUUACGGCUAUACUUGACUGGACAGAUCACUGCCAAUCUUGAGAGACUUCGUGUUUUGCGCAUUCUACUUAACACCAGUGAUGGUAUGAUGAGGAUACCAGAAUUCAUGAAGCUUUUUACCAAACUCUACUCUAUAUCAGUAUCUGAAGAUUAUUUGCAGACUGCAGACAUUGCAGUUCUUUUGAUGGUGCAGAAUGGACAUGUAAUACUGCAGCCUGUUUAUGAAUUUGCAAGGCGUGUGUAUUGGUUGGUGGUAGGCAGCGGUGGUCGUUUACUGUUGUCAUCUCUUAAUAAGUUGUACUUUACAACAUAUCACUCAACUAUCCAAGCAGCAAGUCUUGGAUUUUCAAGCAUGGAUUCUUUGAUAAUUGCUGCCGGUGAUGUUCUGACUCUGGAAUAUGAAAAUGACUGCAACAAUGAUCCUUACAUCGCAGUAAAUCCUCAGCUGGCAGAAGUCGGUCUGCCUUUAUCACUACCAGUUGCUGUGGAAGCUACAACUUCAGAACAAACUGAUUCUUCAAGCACAAAACAUUCAUUUAGUGCGACUACCACAUCAGCUGGGAACCAAGACUUAGUCUCUCAAAUUUCCAAUAUUGAUUUAACACACAAAUCAACUGCCCCAUUCUCAGCAGACUAUCUUCUCAAUGAUAAAGUGGCCAGUAAUCUGCAAAAUGUUUUUGGGCUGAAGGAGACCAGGAAGGCUGAUAUUUAUACAUUAACACCAAACCAGUCUGUCUAUGCCUGGGGUGGACAGAGUCCUCCAACAUAUGCUCCAUACUGUCUCAAUACAGCAUUUAGCCCGUACAAGGGUGGAAAUAAAAGCAACAAAGAAAACAGCAACUGGCCUGAGAACAUCGUUCCUCCACAUCCAAGCGAACUGCCUCUGCCUUCACCUUGCCUUGUGCGCGCCGACACACUGUUACAGGAGAACGAUUCUUCUGAAAAACAAAAGCGCAAGAAGAGGCUGGCAGCACAGUUCAGCAAUCCUCUGGAGAUGCCAUGAGUGGGUAUACUGGUUUAAUUGUACCUGAGAAGGAAAAAGCAGCCAUCCACAGAAAGAGAUGGGUUGUAAUACUCCCAUCGUAGUUAGUUUCUGUUGUGUAUGUAUGAACUGCAUGCAUUUUUAUCUUUGAGAAUACCAAAGUAUUUAUGUAAAGUGAAUGGCAACAUCACAACAUCUCUUUUUAUGAGAUAGAAAAAUUAAUAUUUAGUUUUAAAGACCAAACAAAUGUCCAUAGUUUUUGUGUAUUGCUGCAGUUGGCACCUAGCCACUGUCUUUUACUGAGAAGUGGACACAUUUGUUUUAAUAUCAUAUGAACGUAUUCAAUAAGUUUUAAUAUUGUAGCACAAUGAUGGACAAGUAUUCCGCACAUUAGACCACCAUGUUAGAUCAUCGGAAAGUUUUAAUGACAACUUUAGAGUGUUGGUUCAUGUCACUACUGUGUUUGUGAUGUGUAUAGAAUGUGUCUGACUCCCAUUCUCACUUAAAGUUGAAUUGUUAAUGCACAACACAUUCAGCCAUGUCUCUUAUUGUCAGCAUCAUUUUAUUUAGCUCAGAAAUGGAAGCGGUAAUUAAUAUAAAAGUUAUUCAGUGUCCGUAAGAGCUGUAGAUCCUGUAUGUAAGCAAAAUACUUGUGUAUUCUGAAAGUGUAGAACUUUCAACAUUGGUCUCGGAUUCAUUGUAAACAAUAAUUGUUGCCAUUAUUUAGAGUCUGUAGUAAACUCUUCAACUAAUUACCAGGUUUAAACUUACAUAACUGUUAAUUUCAUAAAUGUUAUGUUAAUAGCCAUUAUUAUUAAUUGUGUUAUAUGGUUUUACGACAGAAAAUUACUUCUGUUUACAAGCAUUAUAUUAAAAUUAUUCUGUAUGUUGUUUCAGCUAUUUUGAAAGAAUGUAAAAUUAUAUUAUGAUUUUAGUUCAAGAUUUUACAACAGUAUUUCUUUGUUAAGGUCUUUUCAGAGAUAGAAAUAAAUUUUUUAAAGUCAUUCCAUUAUUUCUGUAAUACAAAUUUUAUUUUAAUAAUUAUUUUAUUUAUUCAGCAUUUUGUGAGUGUAAAAUUUUUGAAAUGUUUAUAUAUGAAUAUUUUUAUAGACAAUUUGUCUUUAUUGAUCUUGAAGUUUAUUUUUCCAUGGAAUUAAAACUGUACCAAUUGUAAAGUAUUUCAGUGAAGUAGUGUGUGUGUGUGUGUGUGUGUGUGUGUGUGUGUGUGUGUGUGUGUGUGUGUGUCAUACAAGACUUAUCCACUUCUCCAUUCCCUCUUUAUUAGGGUAAAAGGUACGCAAUUUGUUCAGUGUAUGCUACUUAAUUGUGGAAUUCAGUAGGAAUACUUAACAUUGAAACAGCUAGAUAGAAAAUAGCUAAACCUUAUCAUUACUUACUUGCUGGUAUUCAUAUUAGUUUUUUCAUUAGAAAAAUGCUAACCUUUGCUCCAGAUUUAGUUAGGAAUGUACUCAUGAUCAUUUCAUGAGGACACGAGUUUACUACUUGUUGAAUUGCAUAGCAGUUGUUAGUUAACUGUUUCUGUACUGUCUGUUUUUCUGUUAAUUUGUUUGUUAGUCAGGUUGAAGUGAAAGAAAUCCAUUUGGGGAAUUGUGUGUUGUUUUUAAAUACUUCGUUUUUGUGUGAAACUAGAAGUAGAACUAUCCUCAUCAUGGUUUUCCUUACAACAAAAUGUUUUUAGUGAAUUAUCUGUCUGCUACAGAAGACAUUCAGUAUUGCUGGAACUGCAAUCAUUAUUUUAAACAAGAAGGUGGUGUUGUCAUGUUACUUAAUUCAAUCAGUUUGUUGUUUUGCAUUUAAACCAAGGCUUGUGUUGAUAUUUUCUUUACAUUCUGCUUCAAAAUUGCAGUUUUCAGCAAAGCAUAAAUCAAAAUUACUCCACUUGAUCAUUUGUCAUAAUUACACAUGUAGUGAGUGGAUGAAAAUUGGUGGAAUUUAGCAAGGUGUUAUUCUGUAGUACUGAUUGUGGCUUUUAACCAACUUACAGAUGCAAAGUUCCUUAUUCUUGCAUACAUGAAUGUUUAAUGUGUGAACUCGGACAAGGAAAAAAAGUAAUUAUGUGACUAUAAUUAUUAUACUGCUUGCAACAUGCAUUAAGUCUUGCCUUUUGGAAUUUGGUGUUUAUUUUGAUAUUCAUGUGAACUGUCUUCUAAUAUGAACAUUUCUCUUUGGUUGUUUGGUGUUCUAUGAUGUUGCCCAUCAGCCUUCAGAUCACAAAGGCAAGUCUCUACUAUAGAUUCAACUGGAAUGCACAAAAUUUCAAAUGGAAGUGUAUCAUUCAUAUUAUAACUUCUGUAUAGAUUUGCUGGUAUUGACACUUGAUGCCUUUUCCCCUCUUCACUGCCAUUCUUCAAAACAUUCAAGUAACUCCAAUAAUAUCAUACAUAUUAAUAGUGUAAGGGAGACCUGUUAUGUGCUUGCCUAUUUUUAGCACUUGACAGUCUAAUUAUAAGACUGCACUUGUCUAGGUGCAAGUUCUUGCCGCCUCUUUCCAUAUCAUAACUCAUUUGCCUAUGCCACUGUUCAGGCUCAUAAUUGGAACUCAAAAUUUAUUGUAUGUGGACAGUGUUGAUACAGCAUGGUGUAAAAGUAAUGAGAUUACACUAGUUUCAAGCUUCUUGUCACCAUUAAAUCAGAAUGACACUCGUGGUCUAUUUUGUUAAAACAGUUGUAUGUUUGUCUCACAAGAAACUAACAUAUUACAGUUUUUCGUUGAACCUUUAUUGUGUUGUUUAUGCCUUAUUAUUCCCUUGCUAAGCACUUGCUUUAAGAUCCAUUGAUAAAAAGGAUCUGGUGUACCUUUCCUGAAGUAAAUUUGCUUAUAAUGUUCAUCAAAUCUUCCAUUUUUAACAUAAGAGUGACUAGAAUACAGUUAAUAAUUAAGGUGUUACCAUUCAUGAAUCAUGACUACCUGUAAUAUCUACGUAAUGAUUUAUUUUAUAUUCACAUUUGUGAAAUUUCAUUAUUUGGAGUAGAUAACAGAAUCCAACAGAGGAAAUUUCUUGCUUGCCAUCUGAAGAAUAAAAUGCUUAUUUUCAAUGAAGAAAUGUCUUCUGCUGACAGUGAAGGAAGUAUUUACAAAGUGUUCCAUUUCCUACUAUGGCUAAUUUUACUAGAUUAUUUUCGUAAAGCAUGUUUGUUAAUAACUAGAUGAGUGACCAGUAUGGUUUUCCAGUUUGUCUGUUUCUCUGUAGAAUUUGUCUGUUGUUAAGUUUCCACACCUUCGUGAAUAUCGUGAUAAACUGAUUCAUGCUUUCCAUACUAAGACUUCAUUCACUGCUCAUUAAAUUCUUCCCAUAAAAUGCAUUUUGCCAUUUCAGUUAUUCUUCUUGGCCCUUUCCAGCAUUUGCAGUCUUUAAUAAAUAUAGUGUAUAAGUAGUAUAAUAUGUACAUGUUGAAGUUAGUUCUGCCAAAUUUGAUGUCUGGUAUUCUUUUUACUUCGAUUUGCUAUUGGUUAUGAGUUUCGUAGUUUCCAUUACAAGCUCAGCUAUGUAAAAUUUGUUGCAGACUUCAUUUUUAAUUUCCUCUGAAACUUCGCUUUCCAUUACUCGUACACCAUUUUGAUAAUAACACAACACAUGGGGUGAAGUAUUACUGAAAUAAAACCAGUAUCCAGGCAAUAACGGCAGUUAUUAAAUUGCUAAAAUUUGUUACUAUUUUUGAAGCAUUAGAUUCAUCUUCAAACAGCUGAUCAUAUUUGGUGUUUACUUAGUGAUGAAAGCAAGAUGUCUGCAGGUUCCAAUUCUGGUGAUUAUUUCUUGGUGUGGUCCAAGCUUCUGUGCUGUCAAAUUGUUGAAGUGUAUCUAUUUCUCUAGAUGGAAUGUCUCCAAAAGUGGAAAAGUGUUCAUUUCAACUUAUUUCACGCAACAUGAACAACAUAAUAUCCAACCUGUAUCCAUUAAACAGAAAGAUAAUUGACAGUAGCACCACCCUAGUAAACUUUAAACACAGUUAUAAGUUGCUGAAAUAUUCUACUUUCAUUAUGAACCCAUCUGUAUUUUUGUACUGCAACAAUCUUUCUCCAUUUUUACACAACAAGAAUUCAAAUAUGUUUCCAGGGACAAAAAAUCGCUGAGAUGCUCCCGCAUUUCAUUAGAUGUUCUAGCAAAAAUGUCAUAUCAGUGCUGUCACCUUUGGGUAAGAAUGGCAACUGUAUCAACUGAAAACCACAAGUAAUUUAAUAUUAUGGUUUUAGAAAGGCCAUAUGACAUAAUAUCAAAGACUGCUCAUUAAUAAUUCGUUUGUUCACCAUUGUUUCUCACCUGAUAAGAUUUGCACUCUUUGCACAAUUUACAUGUAUUGAACAGUCUUAUACAAAGUAGAUAUUGGCCUAAUACCUUAAACAUUUUAUAUAAGUUAGUAUCUUGCCUGUACAUAAAGAAUCAUAAUCCAUUAGUCCUAGCAUUUGAAUUAAUGUCAACUCUCUUGAAAUUGACAGCUUGUGUAGGAAGUUAAGUAUUUUUUUACCUAGGUGUGCUCACUCAAUCAUGACAACCUUGGUUAUUUAUUCAUCAUUUUGUACUAUAAAAUAAUGAGUUUACAGACUGAAGAGGGCAGGCACCACUUACUGUUUUCUAAUACGGUGGCUCUGCUGUACUACUAAUUUAUUUGUAGUGACAUCCUUGCUGGAAAGCAGAUUAGUGGAUAAAUGUUCUUGUGUUUUUCAUUUGCAGAUAGGAUAGAAUUUGUACAUUGUUUCUGAUGGGGGAGGGGAAUCCCAUUUCAAAUUUAAGUAUUUGCUAAGAACACCAGUUGAAUGUAGUUUGUACCAAACAAUUUUCUUUUAACAACUGUGUAAGGGUAGUUGGUGCUUGAUUGUUGAACCAUUUUUGAAAUGUUUUUGCAUAUGCUCAUUGAUAAAAGAAUAUAUGAUAAGUAGUGUGCAGUGUACACAAAUUAGAUUAUACCUUUUAUCCUAUAAAGAGGUAAACGGUUGACAUUUUUACUGUUUAAUAUCAGUUUCAUGACAAGAACAUUGUACUGAUAUUUGAGAAGUUACAUCUGAUCAAAAUUGUGAACCAGCUGGCUUUGUGUUCAUAUAAAUUUAAUUUUUUCAUGCUGUAACAUGAAGUUGAAGGUGACAAAUAAGUGUAAGUGAAUGAUACACAUAUAAAUGGACCAAAUGCUGACUUAUUUCCACAUGUAACAUUUACUUGCUUUUUUGUGUGUUCACGAAAUCAGAUCUGUUAGAGGCUAAACAAAAAGUUACUGUAUUUAUGUUGUGCUGCAACCUUAUGUAAUGGAAUGCAUGUUAUGAUCAGUAGAUUAGGAAGAUUAAUGUGCAAGGAGUUGUGUAGUUUAACUGCACAUUUUUCCAACAAAUGAUGGAAUUAUCAUUAUCUGUAAUAGAUACUGACCAUCACACUGGAAGACUUGAAGUAGCGAUUUCGUCAGACACGAUUGUUGCAUAUCUACAAAAACAAAAUACUUUUGGAGAUAGUAUCCUAGAUAAUAAGCUACUCUGUAUUUUGUUUCGGAUAUGCAAGUUGAUAAGAACAGUUAUAGCGAAUAUAACUGUUUCAGCCUCAUUGGUACAUGAAGUAUCAAGAGGCUACUGCAGUGGUUUUGAAUGUGAAAGUGAGAGGUGUAGAUUUUGCAUUAACGUGUGCUCUUCCUAGCUGAUCUUAGCAGGCAUUGAAUUGUAAUAAGAAUUGCCGUAGUGUUAAAUUAAGUAAGAAAAUUCGGUAUACAGUGUGUUUUUUCCUGGCAAGGGCUAGAAGAAAAAAGUAAUAAAUAUAAUAGAAAAAUUAUUUUCUCGUAAUCAAUACUACUACAUAUCAGUUUUUUAACAUGGCUGCUGUGAGACAUAAAUGGCUGUAGGUGGAUCCAGUUUGCAGUAUAAAAUCUACCUACUCAUGGAAAGUAUUUAACUGUUCAGUGGAAGUAUGUGACAUUCAAAUGUUAAAAGUAAUGGCAAUUUCUUUGCUUUAUGUAAGCUUAGUGGAGUACAUUUUGCAUUUUCUAGUUGUUGAAUUUGAAAGGAAAGAAAAUUCCAAACGUUCAAUGAAUGAUAUGCUCCUUUUAAUCUUACAUGUUUAGAAAUUGGUCUGAAUAUAUGAAUUUUUGUAGUUGAAAUAAUCACUGAUACGAGCUUAGAUAUGCAAAUCUGGAAAACUGAUUUUAUGUACAAAUCUGAAGAGUUAAGGACAUUAUAUUUGUGUCACUGUAGACUUCAUAGCACCCACAAAGAAUUUUUCAUUUUAAUUUGUUUUUCCUGUUAAGUAAAUCUUGUUAUUUCAUUGUUUCUUGAAAGUUAUAUGCAUGAAUUUUUAGAUGUGUUUGUGCUCUUUACUAAUGAGAACUUUCUGUAUGCAUGAAUUCUUGUAAACAUUAAGAACCACCACCUUCAUUAAUAAACUUGUCUAACUGUAUUUUAUAAUGCACCUUCAUGUUAUGGUUGUGAAACACACACAAAUUGAAGUAGCAGCUCUAAAAAUUAUAAUCAAAAAGGUGUAUGUCUGAAAAUAGUUGUUGUUUAGUUGUGGUACAUCAAAAAUAAAAUAUUUUGGCUAUCAAAAA